AUGCUUGAUAUUUCAGCACCUACAAGUGCCGAACAGUUUGUUCGCAGUUUUAAAUUCACUGUAAUCGUUAUUUGUAAACAUGGCUUUACCGCUGAAAACAAGUACGAAUUGACUACCCAUAAGGGUGAUAUUUUAAAAGUAUUAGAACGUCCUGGAAAUGGAUGGCUUUUAGUACAAUUCCUAGAUACGGUGAAUAAAUAUGGGUUGAUACCAGCAAAGUACGUUGAUAUAGCAGUCAACGAUCCUUUGGAUCCUAUUACAUUGCUGUGGUUACAUCAAGUUGAUGAAGUAUCUCCUACUAACAGCAAAUUAUAUAACCAGACUGAAGAUAUAAGAAACAAUAACGCAUUAAUGGUAAGGCCAAUUUCAACUCAUAACAAAUCGUAUCCGAAAUCUGCCUCUAUCUCCAAUGUUCUCUUGCUAGACAACAGAUAUUGGUACAGGUUAGACAUAACAUACUCAGAUAAUAGUAAAACAUACGUACCUCGGUAUUAUGAAGAUUUCUAUAACUUGCAUGGGUCUUUAUUGAAUAUGGUUGGUAAGAAUAUAGAUACUAAUGGCAUUUCUCCAUCAUUGCCCAAAUUGCCGGAACCCAUUCCUCCUACAGCGUCAUCGCAAUCAAAAGAUCUGAUCGUAAUGUUAUUAAAGCGUUGUAAUGAUCUAAGCAUAUACACCAAUAGACUCUUCAACGAUAAGAGAUUCCAAAGAUCAAAGGCUUUAUAUGAGUGGCUAGACGUUUCCUAUCGUAAUUUAGGUGGCUUAUUAAGCCACCUAAAUUAUAAUUUAAAUAAUGAAGACAUUACAAGGAGGAUUCUGCCAUACUCUGUUGACAUUUUAAAUAGCAUGGCUUCUAGUAACCAGGACAAUAAUGUUACAUUAAACAAAUCGGUUAUUCCUAUAUCGCCGGCUGCAUUUUCUGAAAGACAUGAUUUGAACUCGAUUGGUCUUUUGGGAAAAGACAAUACAUACAAAACUAUAGCAAGUCGUCCACCAAAAUUGACGAUAAAUACUUCAAAUCAUGAUUAUAAUGAUUCGGUUGGCUCUCACUCCGAAUCGAUUUUUUCCGAUAUCGAUUCUGACAAAAGUCCCGAUACGCCAUUCUCAUUCUCUCAUGAGAUAUUUACACUGAAAAAUAACUAUGUCAAAUUGAAAAUCAUCAAACAAAACGACGACAUCGUUGCUUUAAAGAUAUAUAGGAAUGAUAUUAAAUCGGUCGCCGAUUUGAAGAAACUAAUCGGCGCUAAACUUCCCUACAAGAGCUUGUAUAUCAAAUUACAGGAUUUUAAACAUAUCGACUCACACAAUUACAAUUUCAUUCAAGUUUUAAACGAGUCUGAGAAAAUUGUUCUCAGGGCAACAUGA